GUUAGUGAAGAGUUUCGAACCAAAUUUUAGCGCUACACUCGGAGGUUGCUUUAUGGCGAAGGUUAACAUUUGUAAUGUUGAGGUUUUAGACAACCCUGCUUCAUUCUUUGAUCCAUUUAAGUUCCGUAUAACAUUUGAGUGCCAUGAACCUCUAGAUGAUGAUCUAGAAUGGAAGUUAGUGUAUGUUAGCAGUGCCUACAACCCAGCUUUAGACCAGACGUUAGAUUCCAUCUUAGUUGGUCCAAUUCCAGUUGGUCGUCAUCAAUUUUCUUUUGAGGCUAAUGCUCCUGAUCCAAAAAUAAUUCCUAAUGAAGACAUUGUCGGCGUAACAGUUGUGCUUAUACAAGCUUUGUACAGAGAUAAAGAAUUUAUACGUGUUGGUUAUUAUGUUAACAAUGAGUACAAAACAGAAGAAUUACGUCUUGAACCACCGGCUGAACCCUUACUUAACGAACUGGAACGACAUAUAAUAGCUUCAGACCCUCGUGUUACUCGCUUUCCGAUCGACUGGGGCGAUGGUCUCUUAGAUGGGUGCCCAGAACCAGAACAGCCUACAGAAGAUAACGAAGAGUCUAAUUUACUGGGUAAUGAAGAACAAGUGGAAAAUAUUUCUCAACUGGAUCAGGAAAAUGAGGAUCAAAAUAAUAAGUUGGACACAUCUAGUUUUUGUGACGGCCAGUCUGGUGUACAGUUCAUAGAAAAUACAUCGUGUAUGCCGCUCCAUCCUGUCCAGUCAUCAAAUGUUCCUGUUGACACUUUCUGAAUUGCUUGAUAAACAUUACUUUAAAGAUUGCAUUUUAAAAUAAACUUUUAUGUCAGAAUUCACCACACAUCUAUGGUGAUGUUGCUGUUGAAUGUUCAACUUACUAUACUAGGUAUCGCUCUUUUUUAUGCCUACAAGAUUUAAUACGCUUUAUAUUUUUUUAACUGUACAAUUGUUCGAUGUACCUAAUAACAUUCUAAUUUUA